AUGGCUGCAUGGGCCAUCGUCAAAAUCAACAUCUCCGAGGACCUUUUGGGUAUUUCCCUUUUAGUAGAAAUCGUGUUAUCUGUUCGUCUCUCUCGCAGCUUCGCCAUCGUGAUAUGUCUGUCGAGAUUCGACACGCCUUUGAACUCCGAGAUAAUUUCUGAUCAUCGACACAUCAAGUCCCUCGGGGGAUUCACGAUAGAAAACUCGUUGAUGAGGCGUCCAAACCCCUGUGGCAAGCGUCUCCAGAAAGGAUACCCUACCACCAUGGUACCAGCAGAGCUGCUGUCGGGCGCCCAAUUGAUUCUUUCAAUUGAAGGAACUGUGUGUAAUAUCAAAUCCGAGAAUGGCAUAUACGUGAGCUUUCGCUCACGGUUGUAG